GCAGCUGUUCCGUGUGGGGCCAGGCCGUGUGGGCGUGCGUGCAGGUGGCGGUCUGGGGGCUGUGUUUACGCCAUGCCUCACAAGAAGAAGAAGCCCUUCAUAGAGAAGAAGAAGGCGGUAACGUUUCACUUAGUGCACAGAAGCCAGAAGGACCCCCUUGCUGCUGAUGACACGGCCCCUCAGAGGGUCCUGCUGCCUGCCCAGAGGGGUCAUGAGGAGCAGAGAAGGGAGGAGCAGCGGAAAUAUGGAGUCUUUUUUGAUGAUGACUAUGACUAUUUGCAGCAUUUGAAAGAAGCAUCUGGCCCCUCUGAGCUUGUCCCUUCUUUCCGUGGACAGCAAAGCAGAAUUGUCAUCACAAGUGAGGGUCACAUAGAGGAUGAAAUUCAACGAAUUGCUGCUCCAUCUAUUAAGUUGCCUUCCUCAGUAUUUGCCACUGAAUUUGAAGAGGACGUGGGCCUGCUAAAUAAAGCAGCCCCUGUUUCAGGACCACGGCUGGAUUUUGACCCUGAUAUUGUUGCAGCUCUUGAUGAUGAUUUUGACUUUGAUAAUCCAGAAAAUGUUCUGGAAGAUGAUUUUGUUCUACAAGCAAACAAACCAAAAGAAGGGAGAUCAGAUGCUGAGGAUGAAGAUGAAUGGGAAGACGUGGAGGAUGACAGUGAUGAAAAGGAUAGUUGUAGUAAUGAUGAAGAUUACGAUUCAGACGGCCCUUUGUCAAACGAUGGGGUUAAUGGCCAUGGAAGGGAGUUCCUGUUUAUGCAGGAAGAAACAAGGAGUCGUUUCACGGAAUAUUCAAUGACAUCUUCGGUAAUGAGAAGGAAUGAGCAGUUAACCCUCUUGGAUGACAGAUUUGAGAAGUUUUUUGAACAGUUUGAUGAGGAUGAGAUUGGAGCCUUGGAUAAUGUGGAAUUAGAAGGCUAUAUUAACGCAGACAACACUCGGUUGGAGGAAGUCUUGAGUGAUUACUACAAAGAGAAAGCAAAGAACUGUGUGAAAUUGGAUACUCUUGAACCGUUUGAAGACACUCCUGCAAAUGAAGACAGCGAUGAGGAAAAAGAAGAAAUAGUAGCUCUGGUUGUUGAGGAACCAAAAGAGAAGUGGGAUUGUGAAUCUAUUUUGAGUACGUAUUCAAACUUAUAUAAUCACCCAAAGCUUAUCGAGGAGCCAUCAAAGCCAAAACCAAUAAAGAUUUCCUCGAAGACUGGAAUCCCUCUGCACGUCCUGCCUCAGAAAGGUCUUACUGCUAAGCAGGUUGAACGCAUGCAAAUGAUUAAUGACAGCGACCUGCCAAGAGCAUCGACACAGCCCCGUUCCAAAAAUGAGAGCAAAGAGGACCGCAAAGCCAGGAAGCAGGCAAUAAAGGAGGAGCGGAAGGAACGCAGAAUGGAGAAGAAAGCCAACAAGAUGGCCUUCAAAUUGGAGAAAACAAGGCAAGAAAAAGAGUUGCUCAAUCUGAAACAAAACAUGCAAGGACUGAAGCUGUCUUGAAAUUCAGGAACUUUCAUUGUGGAAAUACUGAUUUCAUCUGUACUGAGAAGGGAAUUGCUAACUGAUAAGACUUGCCAGGCAUGCAUGAAGGGGGUUAAUGGUACUUGGUACAGCAAUAUCUGACUUGUCAUUCUUUCUGAAGUUAUACCUUGAAUUAAUGUCUCUUCUGUCAUGAGUGUCAUGGCAACUGCUGCAAACUUUUGUUAUCCUAGAAAUUUAUUAAAAUAUUUUAAAAUAUAUUUUUCUUAUAAACUGUCAUUGAGCAGAAAGUGUCAUAUGUGUUGAAUGCAUUCAGCACUUCAGAGAAUCCUGCAGAUUUGAUCUGAUUGUUCUAUUAAAUUAUUUGAUUUUGUACA